GCAACCCCAGUGUGCUUUGCGCCUCACUCUUGGCCAGCGCGCCUGCGCUGCCUUGAGCAGCCGGUUACGUGCGUCAGCAGCAGUCCUGCUCUCAAGCCGUGGUAGCAGCCAGGGUUCAGAAAAAUGUGGGUGUUUGGUUACGGGUCCCUCAUCUGGAAGGUGGACUUCCCCUACCAGGACAAGCUGGUUGGUUACAUCACAAACUACAGCCGGCGCUUCUGGCAAGGCAGCACUGACCACCGCGGGGUUCCCGGCAAGCCUGGAAGAGUUGUGACUCUUGUUGAAGAUCCUGGGGGCAGUGUAUGGGGUGUUGCUUACAAACUACCAGUAGGAAAAGAAGAGGAAGUAAAAACAUACCUUGACUUCAGAGAGAAAGGAGGCUACAGAACUACAACAGUCAUUUUUUAUCCAAAAGAUCCUACAAGAAAACCAUUCAGUGUUUUGCUCUACAUUGGAACGUGUGACAAUCCUAACUACCUUGGUCCUGCGCCUCUGGAAGACAUAGCUGAACAAAUUUUUAAUGCAGCUGGUCCAAGUGGAAGAAAUACAGAAUAUCUUUUUGAACUUGCCAAUUCCAUUAGGAAACUUGUGCCAGAAGACGCAGACGAGCAUCUCUUCUCCCUGGAGAGAUUAGUAAAGGAACGUCUAGAGGGCAAAUAGACCUCAAUAGCACAGCACCAGCUCCUCCAACAGGCAGGGCUGUUAGCCCUCAGAAAAUAACUUCAGUCCAAGAGAGCAGUAUGAUUUGGACAUUUUUACUUUAAGACCUUAGUAUUCACUGUUAUAAUUAGAGUAUCAUCUAAAUUUACUGUUUAUUUACAAGUGUCCUAAAACAUGUUCAGAAGAUUUGCAUACAGAGGAAGAAGGAGUUGAAGUUAUACAAGUGAUUUUCUAACUAGAUAUGGACAUUUGUUCAUUAGACAUACAGGUUUCAAGUCACUUCCUGCUUUUAUCAGAGUAACCAUGAUUUAUAGUUUAUAUGCUUAAAAUAACAUUAUUAGAAAUAUAUGGUAAUAGAUAAGGUUCCAGCACUGAUUGUUAAUUUCCUUGUUAUUUCAGAUUAAAUGAAUGUCAAAUUUAGGCCAAAAGAAAUUGGGUUUGUUAACAUAAAACUUUCCUUAGAAUUAUAAUGUGUUAUCUUCUCCUUUGGGGGGGAAAGGCAUUUUAUUAGAAAGAAAACAGUCUAGCACGAAUUAUGUAAAUCACAUCCACUAAUGAUAAUGUCAUUUAUUUUGUAUUUAUCUCAUAAUGAAACUGGAAAAAAAAAAGGUUUUCUGAUAAUUACCAGUUAGGAAAAACAUAAUGAAAAUGGUGUUUGAAACAGGUUUUACAAUUAUCAUUUCUCAAAGAAGUGUCAUUUUCUGAUUAUACUAUGUACAUUUUGUCACCUAAGAGUAUCAACUAUUUAUGUAGCUACUUAACAAGGAAGCUAAUUUUUAAAUUAUUGACUUAUAAAAUUAGCCUCGAUUUAAGAUAAUUGGAUUAUUUCUUUAAUAUAAGGGCUCUAGAAUCAACACUAAAAGACUUUCAGUUUCAGGGUGAGUCUCCUGUGAGGCUUACUAAGAACUCAUCAGGUAUCCAGUUUGGUGGCUCACACCUAUUUUUAACUUGGGAAGUUAAAAAGGAAGAGUGCCCUGAGUUCAAGGCCAGCCUAGCCCUCAGAGUCAGACCCUGUCUCAGAAGAGUAAGCCAGGCACAAUGGCUCACACCUGUAACCCAAUAACCCAAUACUCUGGAAGCUUAAAUAGGAGACUCCAGAGUUCAGGGCCAGCCUGAGCUACAGAGUGAGCCCUUGUCUCAAAAAAAGCAAACAAAGCUUCUCAACUAAUACAGAAAUAUUUCACAUGAAAAAUAAAGUUGCCCUUUAUUAAUUAAUAAUUUUUAUGCUUAUUAAUGUUUAUUAAUUAGCCCCUUAGCGAUUUACUCAGAUAACAUUUUUAAGUAUUUUCUAAUAUUUAAGAUUUUUAGUUUUCCAGGCAGUAUUUCGCAUAUCUGGUACUAUGAAGGUUACUAGCAUUUAGUAAUAUCUAAUAACAUGAUAUGAUGCAGUUUACAUAGGGGACAUAUUCUCAGUUUAUAAGAACUGCUCUAAGCUUGUUUCUAUCAUUUGCAGCCAUUUACAAACAUAAAAAAACACAGAAAUCUCAAUCUCUCUAAAGCACACAAUACUACAGUGUAUCUAAAAGUACAGAACCUAGCCUUCUCACUACCCAGCAUCUUUUCUCCAAGAGAUAGAGAUUCGCAUGUUUAUAUAAAGACGUUCAAGUUAAUUUUGACAGCUCUGUGUCUGUUCCCACAAAUAUAAUGACAUGAUUACCAUUUUACAAACAAAUCAAGCCAGGCGGUGGUGGCGCACGCCUUUAAUCCCAGCACUCGGGAGUCAGAGGCAGGCGGAUCUCUGUGAGUUCGAGACCAGCCUGGUCUACAAGAGCUAGUUCCAGGACAGGCUCCAAAACCACAGAGAAACCCUGUCUGGAAAAAACAAAAUAAAUAAAUAAAAAUAAAAAUACAAACAAAUCAAUUAGGGUACAAAAUAUCAAAAGGAAUUAACUCUGAUUUCUGUUUGUGCCUUUUUAGGCCUUCAGUUAUAAGUGAAGCUAAGCUAAGCAGUGGUGGCACGCGCGCACACACACACACACACGUUUAAUCCCAGCAUGGGGGGGACACAGAUCUGAGUUGAAGGCCAGCCUAUUCUACAGCGUGAGUUCCAAGACAGCAAGGGCUACACAGAGAAACCCUGUUGGGGGUGGAGGGAUGGGGGUUGGGGGGAGUAGGGUAGAAAAUACAUUAACACAUGUGCUAUAUCAUCAGCAUCGUAAAUAUUUACAGGAAGGCCAGGAAAGAAAUAUUCAUUGUCAUCAAGCUGGGAAGAAAACUAAAUGAAAUGAAAAAAGUAAAUAGCACCAAAAGCAGAAGGUGGAUUUAAAGUCUCCAACAUAGGAACCAUCACUCUGACAUACUGUGUUGAGAAUAAUUCUCUUUACAGCUCUCAGACCCAAUUUAAAAAUGUUCUACUUCAUUCUGCCCUAAUUGCAUACACAGACUCAGGCUCUUAUGCCUCAUGGUAGAAAUAAUAGCUAGACAUUAACAAAAGUAUGCGCAUAAACACUGCACUUAGAAAAGAAACUAUUCUGUCGGGCUUGGUUUAGCUUGGUUUAGCUUUUGAGGCAUGGUCUUGAUGUUUAGUGGGGCUGACCUGAAAUUCAGUCCUGCCUCAGCUUUUGGUCUGUUGGGAUUAUAAGCAUAUGCCAACUUGUCUGCCUAAAGACUGUGUGUGAGUGUGUGUGUAAGAGAGUGAGCAAUGUAUGUGGGGUAAUGUGCUUGCCACGGCGUUCACUGACCAGAGGACAACCCCAUGAAGUUGUUUGUGUCUCGCUUACAUGGGAGCUGAAGCUCAUGCUGCUGGCUUUCACAGGAGGCACUUGCACUCAUUUAGUCACCUAGGUGGCCCCUGAGUGAACUGUGAGAAAUUUCAUCUUUCUACUCUUUUGGUUUCGGUUGUUUGUUUUUCAUUUUUUUACUUAUUUUAUUUUUUUGAGAUAGUGCCUUACGAUGUAGCUGUGAUUAUUCUGGAUCUCACUCCCAAGUGCUGGGAUUAAAGGUGUGCACCACCAGGCCUGGCAUAGAUUUUCUCUUAUUCUAGUUCAUACUGUCGGAUUUUUCGGUCUCAAACACUACUUUCACUUGUCAACUGACUACCCGACUCCCAUAUAGAAAAAGUUAUUUAGAGAAACAGGCAGUGAUAACUUUCAACUCUAUUUGAAAGCAUCUACUGAUCUAUUUUGUUAAAACUUCUUUAAAAGUUUGACAGCUGUCAGUAUGCAUUUUUAUCUUGAAUAAGGAAAAAUAAGUAAUUUCUUAAUAAAGUACCUGACAUGCAUGUUAUAUAUCUUAAUAGUGUCUACUGAAUUUUAAAGUUUAUUACAGUGUGUGAUAGGAUGCUUAAUGAAUAUUGUCUAUUCUUAACAAAUAUUACAAAUGUACUUUAUACCACAUAUUCCAAGCAACAUAGGUUCAAUAUACAAGAUUCAUGAUUACAAAUAUACUUAAAGUUUGAGAACUAUUUUUUAUCUGUCACAUAUUUUUUCAACAUUUUGCAGCUAAUAUUUCUUUCCAUUGGCAUUAAAUUUCUCUUUUCCAUAGUAUAUCUUUUAAAAAUUGUAUCUCAGGAGAAUACUCUCUCAGUGGGCAAGUGCACAGCAUCCCUAUACCCACUCAGCAACUGUAUCAAUGUAAGCAUCCUAUUACUAUAAUGUACCACUGAUUCUUCCAAGUCAGCUGUGAUGAACAUGUUUUUAAAUUCUGUCUCACCACAACAGAUGGAAAUGGUGGUGCAUGCCUAUAAUCCCAGCUCUUGGAAGGCGUAGGCAAGAACAUCAUGAGUUCAAGGUCAUCCUGAACUACACAGUGAAACCCUCACAAGGGUGAAAGGGAUAUAAAAUAUACCUGCCAAUCAAAUGUUCACAUUUCACCUCUGUUUCCACACAAAAGUACUCACUACAUUUUCUACUGAUCUACCUUUCAGCAAUUCAAGUCCUAAAAUCUUGAACCCUCUUGUGGUUUGAAUGAGAAUGGCCCCAAAGAUUCGUAUGUUGGUAGCUGUUGGGAAGCACUAGCAUUUGUGCCUUUCCUGGAGGAAGUAUGUCACCGGGGGCAGGCUUUAAGGAUUCAAAAGACUCAUGCCAUUUUGAGUUAGCUUUCUUUGCCUCCUGCCUGUGGAUCAAGAUGUGAGCUCAUAGCUGUUCCUGCUUCCAUGCCUUUGCUUCCCCAUCUUAUACUCUAACCUUCUGGAAUUGUAAGCCCAAUUAAACCCUUUAUGUUAUAGCAUGUCUUUGUCAUGGUUUUGUCACAGCAAUAGAAAAGUAAGUAAUACGGCCAGUCUGUACACACAAUAAGAUGUUGAAGACUUUUUUAAUCCUUAGCUAAUAUGUCAAAUACUUUAACUC